AUGUCGACGCCGGCGAACAAUCCGAGUUCCGACUCCGACUCUGAAGUCGAGAACGUUCCAAAUCCUACAUCUAACUUGUCUUCUGAUGCACUAACUGCCAGCACUGCCGCCAAUCCGUCGAGUCCGCCACUGGUUUGCCUUCUUCGUUUCGCCGGUGACUCAGCCGCCGGCGCCUUCAUGGGAUCCAUUUUUGGCUACGGUUCAGGAUUAAUUAAAAAGAAAGGUUUGAAAGGAUCAUUUUCUGAGGCAGGAUCUUCUGCUAAGACAUUUGCGGUUCUGUCUGGAGUUCACAGUUUAGUUGUAUGCUUUAUGAAGAGGUUGCGGGGGAAAGAUGAUGUCAUCAAUGCAGGAGUUGCGGGAUGUUGCACAGGUCUUGCUUUAAGCUAUCCAGGUGCCCCACAAGCUCUACUUCAAAGCUGUCUCACAUUUGGGGCGUUCUCAUUUAUUAUCGAAGGUCUGAACAAGCAGCAGCCUGCACUUGCUUUGCCGGCUUCCUUGGGCAGCAAGGGCAGCAAAGGAAGGCCCUUCGAUGUGCUUACUCCUUUGGCAAUUCCCCUUCCUCGCGAACUUAAGGAGUCUUUUGCUUCUUUUUGCCAAACUUUGAGAAAAUGA